AUGCUGUCCCGAAACGCAAUUCGUUUCUAUACAAAAGGAAAUGCCGGCCUUCGCACUAUUCUCAAAAAGGAGUUGGAGGGAAUCAAGGCUGCUGGCACAUAUAAGACCGAACGCGUAAUCAUUGGACCACAAGGAGUUACCGUCAAGGUUCAAGGAAGAAUUACAAAAAUAUUGCUGGCACCGCUACCAGAUGAAAUUGAAGAGAAGAUGAUAAAGACCGGUUCUUAUCAGUUGGGAUGCCAAGCAUCGAUAAUGGGCUAA